UUCCUAAAAGACCCGCUCCAGACCGGAUCGAUUUGAAAAACAACAAAGUUUUGGACCCGCUCUGAACUCUCUCCGAACAGUACCAUUCGAUUCAGGCCAAUUUAGAAGUUCCAUCUCCGCCAAGCAGCAAAGCUCAGCGCCACAAACAAUGGCGAACGACGCCGACAUGAGUAGCUGGAGUGAGCUUCUCCACACUUCUUCGAAGCUCAUCGAACAAACCGCCCCUUCUACUCUCUUCCCUCCUCUGCAGAGGAAUUUGGAUCAAGUGGAGGCGUUGUCCAAAAAAUUGAAGGCUAAAACCCUAAGAGGGGAGACUCCCUACCAAUCACUUGCUGCGACUAGGUUACUGGCUCGUGAGGGAAUAAAUGCUGAGCAGCUUGCUAAUGAUCUUAAGUCAUUCGAGUUAAAGACCACAUUUGAAGAUGUUUUCCCUAUUGAGGCAACUACUGUUGAAGAGUACCUGCAACAGAUCCAUGAAAUGGCAAUGGUCUCAGCUGUUCAAGAAGCUCAGAAGGAUAACCUUAAAAACUUCAAUGACUACAUGAUGUCAGUCUUAGAGGAGGAUUGGCAGAAGGAAAAGAGAAACUUCCUUCAGAGCUUGAACCGGAUGUCAACAUUGCCGAGAGCAAAUAUCAGUGAAUCAAGCCCUGGAAAUGCUCGCCAGCGCCAACUAGUGUCGUUGAACUACAGCCCUCAGGUGUCUUCUGGUCCCACUAGCAUGGAGCUAGCACCUUUGGCUGAUAAGUCCAUCAUUGAGAAAAAAGCUAAUGUGUACAGAGAAGUCGUUAAAAACCUAAACACUGCAAGAGAGCGUGGGCUACCCUUUAAACCUGCCACGGCUUUUAAACAUGCAUAUGAAAGCUUGGGCCUUGAUACAUCUGGAGGGAAGUCAGUAAGCAUGCAGAAGAUAUGGCAUCUUGUUCUGGCUUUGAUGGGCGAAGAUGCUACUAAACGUAAUGUUUCGAGAAAAAUAUCCUUGGUGAUGGGAGCCAGACGCCACCUUGAAUACGGACAUGAAAAAUAUAUAUUAGAUACAAUUCAAAGCCAUCCUGUGCAGGCUGCUCUUGGUGGUGCUGUUGGUAAUUUGCAGCGAAUUCAUGCCUUUCUCAGGAUACGGUUAAGAGAUUAUGGAGUUCUCGAUUUUGAUGCCACAGAUGCUUUUAGGCAGCCUCCUGUUGAUACCACAUGGCAGCAGAUUUAUUUUUGCUUGAGAACGGGAUAUUAUGAUGAAGCAAGAGAGGUUGCUCAACAAUCACGUGCAUCUCAGCAGUUUGCUGUUUUGCUGAGAGAGUGGAUCUCCACAGGAGGUCAGGUAUCGACAGAGACUGCGGCUGCUGCUUCAGAAGAAUGUGAAAAAAUUUUAAGGUUGGGUGAUCGAAUUGGUCGGACUUCAUAUGAUAAGAAAAAGUUGCUGCUCUAUGCAAUAGUGUCUGGUUCACGUAGGCAGAUUGACAGGCUGCUUAGGGAACUGCCUACUCUCUUCAAUACUAUUGAGGAUUUCUUGUGGUUCACUUUAUCUGUUGUCCGUGAGAGUCCAGGCAGACUUGAUGUCCUGAAUGAGGGGUUGUCCCCUUAUAGUCUCGACGAUUUGCAAGCUUAUUUAAACAAGUUUGAGCCAUCACAUUAUACUAAGAAUGGAAAGGAUCCUCUGGUUUAUCCAUAUGUUUUGCUUCUAAGCAUCCAAUUGCUUCCAGCAGUCUUGUAUUUAUCCAAAGAUAUGGGAGAUGAAGGGUAUAAUGUGGAUGCUGUCCAUAUUUCUGUAGUGUUUGCAGAUCAUGGGGUCCUUUCUGAAGCAGGGCAAACGGUUGGGGUUAUGGAUGCUUUUGCUGAAGUGUCUAGCAUAAUUAGGCAGUAUGGGUCUUUAUAUCUUCGCCACAGUGACCUGUCAGCGGCAUUAGAAUAUUAUGUACAAGCCUCUGCAGCAGUUGGUGGUGGACAGCUGUCAUGGUCUGGAAGGGCAAAUGUGGACCAACAAAGGCAGAGAAAUUUGAUGUUGAAACAACUUCUCAUAGAACUCUUACUUCGGGAUGGCGGUAUCUACCUUUUACUUGGAUCAAGAGGUGAUGGCGAUGAAGGUCAGCUUGGAAUAUUUUUGACAGAUAGAAAGACCAGACAAUCCUUUCUACAUGAAGCUGCUCGCCACUGUCAGGAUGCCGGACUUUAUGACAAAUGUAUAGAGAUUCAGAAGAGAGUGGGUGCAUUCUCAGCAGCACUAGAUACAGUGAAUAAGUGCUUAUCCGAUGCGAUAUGUGCUCUAUCACGUGGAAGGUUAGAAGGGGAGAGCCAAACUUCUGCACUCAUUCAUUCUGGGAAUGAGAUCUUGGAGACUUUCAAAUAUUAUCCUGAUAUAAGCUCUCAAGAGAGAGAAAUGGCUUUGGAACAGCAAACUGUGUUGCGACAGCUUGAAGCCGUCCUGUCCAUUCAUAAGUUAGCAAGACUUGGAAGUCAUUUGGAUGCUCUUAAGGAGGUUGCAAAACUACCGUUUCUUCCUCUAGAUCCAAGGACACCGGGCAUUGCUACUGAUGUCUUCCAGAAUUUGUCUCCCAAUGUCCAAGCAUGUGUUCCCGACCUUCUCAAGGUUGCUCUUCACUGUCUGGAGAACGUUCGAGAUACAGAUGGAUCCUUACGCGCUUUAAGGGAAAAGAUUGCCAACUUUCUUGCCAACAAUUUGGGUAGGAACUGGCCUCGUGAUCUAUACGAGAAGGUUGCACAACAAUUAUGAAGUAAAUUUCUCUCUGGAGUUGUCCUCUUGAUGCUCACUUUGGUGUUAUAUAAAAUAUAAAUGCAUUUCAAUUGCUCCGAAUGUAAUUUUAUUUUUCAUCAUGUUUCGGAGGUCGUGUUCUUGUGUGAUCUUGAGUUCACGAGUUUGAGUCUUAGAAUGUAGAAUCCUCCUCUUGCAAAAAUGCAAGGUAAUGGUUGCCUAUACACCCUUUUCGUGGGACUCUUUUGUGUACCUUUCAUAGUUUCUUUUGCCUUUAAAACUUCAAAAUUUAUAAUAUCAGUCUGUUACCCAUCUUUC